CUCUCGCUCAAAACGGGGAAAAAAAGAAAAAAAAAACAUAAAAAAACCUAGUCGCUCAAAACUUUUCGCCCUAUCUUCUUGCUCCUGCCUCCGCCCCCAUCCCCUCCCCUCCCCUUCCCUUCCGGUCGCUCGCCGAUCGCCAUCGGCAGUCCCUGCAGCGCCACUCGCCGCUCGACAUCGAAGAUCGGGUUUUUUAGAACCCAACUCGCCCCGGGCCGCGCACCGCUCGACAUCGAAGAUCGGGUUCUUUAGAACCCAACUCGCCCCGGGCCGCGCACCGCUCGCCAUCGGAACGCCCCACGAGGCCGAGCAUCGGAAGUUCGGAACCACCCCUGCAGCGCACCGCUCGCCAUCGGAACCCCCCGCGAGGCCGAGCAUCGGAAGUUCGGAACCACCACGGCCGCGCGCCGCUCGCCACUGGAACCCCCCGCGAGGCCGAGCGCUGCUCACCAUCGGAAGUUUUGAACCAUCCCGACCGCGCGCCGCUCGCCAUCGGAACCCCCCGCGUGGCCGCGCACCACUCGCAAUCUGGUUCCGAGUUCCGCUGUUCCGCCGCCGCAUGCCCACUUCAUCUGGAUCUUGAAGGCACUUUUGGCAGCAUUAAGGAAUGAAGGUGAGGGAGAGCGAGGCGAUCUUCGAUGUCUUAGGCCUCAACCCACAGCUCUUCAUCAAUGAAAUACUUAACACCGUUGACGACAUGGUUGAAGGAGCCUUUGAUUUCUGCCUCCAGCGGAUGCCGGUGGUUGCUGGUGUUGGUCAUGCCGAAAAGGCCAAAGAGUUGCCCAAGGGUGUUUAUGCCCUUCGUCACUUGGCAAAAACUAUUUUGGAUAAGCGAAUGGACAGUUGGGAGAAAUAUUGCCUUAGGCAUUGUUUUACUGUUCCUGAGGGGUUUGCGUUGCCUAAAGCUAAUAAUUUAUCCACUAAAGAUGUUCUGCUUGAAGAAGAGCUCUCUGAUGCAGAACCUGAUGCUUGGUUAGAUUCCAUGAGGGAGAAACUUUCAACAAUUGGAAAGGAAUCUGGAGAACUACAAAACGAGAUCUUCUUAUUGGAAAAGCAGUCCCAUUUCUGCACCAAUUAUGACGCAACUGUUGCUGAGGCGCAGCAAAUAUUUGAGGAGAGCACUGUGCAAGAGAUGUUUCAAGAUAUAGCGAGAGCUCUUCCAGUGCUGCAUUGUAAAAUAUCAGAACUGAACAAGAAGAGGGAAAGCUUGGAACAUCAUAGGGUCAGAAUGUUGUAUGGUCCAACUGAAGAUCCACAUGCAGUGCACGACGAUGGUUUUUCCGCGAGGCUUGAAGAUGUUCAUGACAUUCUGAACAUAGUAAGAGAUGCGUAGCUGUCACGCAGUUUACAAUAUCUAAAAUGCAUUAAUUUUCAACUUUCAGAAUAUGCAGCAGCUUUUCAGCAAGCCAUGAAUUUCUCUGUAAUUCGGGGAAAUAUUUACUAGUUUGUGUAACUAUCUUUUUUUUAUCUUGCUUUUUUACUAAUUGUUGUCUUAACUCUACUGUUGACUGCAUUACCGCAAGUGUCAGCUGCAAAUUUUGUGCUGGAGUAUGACUCAGGAUUUAAUUUUGUUAUAACAAUAGUCCCCAAACUUCGAAUUUUAUUUUCAUCUGAUCUUCCGGUUUUUAUAUUUA